CCUCCACGCUCCGCUCACGGUGUAUAAAGUACCCACGUUGCCCACAUGCAGUCUCUUUCCACGGCCACAAAACCACCGUGAGUGCGUAACUCACCUUUCUCGAAAAACUUUUAAAAAUACAUAAAAAAAUAUAAAAUUAUAAAACCAUAAAAAGAAACGAAGUGUUAAAGUUAAGAAAAUAUACGACCAAAAAAAUUGCAAAAAUUUCCACAAAAAAAAAAAAAAAAGACCUCAGGUCUUUAAAAAGAAAAAGACUUAUUUUUCCUGGCUGAAUUUUUUUGGAGGGGAAGCGGCUCCCGAUUGAACGCGCACAUUUUGGAUCGGAAUUGCGCCUCAAAGCAACAUUUUGAAAGGAAGUUCACUUGAUUAGAAACUCGAGAUAUGAACACAGGGACAGGGAGUUAUCCGAUGGCUUCUCUCUACGUUGGCGACCUGCACCCCGACAUCACGGAGGCGAUGUUGUAUGAGAAAUUCAGCCCAGCCGGACCGGUGCUGUCCAUUCGGGUCUGCCGAGACAUGAUCACUCGGCGAUCCUUAGGCUACGCUUAUGUCAACUUCUCCCAGCCCGCUGAUGCUGAGCGAGCCUUGGACACCAUGAACUUUGAUGUGGUGAAAGGAAAACCAAUCAGAAUCAUGUGGUCCCAAAGAGAUCCCUCCCUCAGGAAAUCUGGAGUGGGCAACGUCUUUAUCAAGAACCUUGACAAGUCCAUUGAUAACAAAGCGCUGUAUGACACCUUCUCUGCCUUUGGAAACAUCUUGUCCUGCAAGGUGGUGUGUGAUGAAAAUGGCUCCAAGGGCUACGCUUUUGUUCACUUUGAGACCCAGGAUGCUGCCGACCGUGCCAUUGAGAAGAUGAACGGCAUGCUUUUGAAUGACCGCAAGGUGUUUGUAGGUCGCUUCAAGUCACGCAAGGAGCGGGAGGCUGAGCUUGGCGCCAAAGCCAAAGAGUUCACAAAUGUCUACAUUAAGAACUUUGGUGACGAUAUGGAUGAUGAGCACCUUAAGGAGCUUUUUGACAAAUAUGGCAAAACACUCAGUGUGAAGGUGAUGACAGAUCCUACUGGCAAAUCUAGAGGCUUUGGAUUUGUUAGUUAUGAGAAACAUGAAGAUGCUAACAAGGCUGUGGAGGAAAUGAACGGCACGGACCUCAACGGCAAGACUGUGUUUGUUGGACGAGCUCAGAAGAAAAUGGAGCGACAGGCAGAGCUAAAGCGCAAAUUUGAGAUGUUGAAACAAGAGAGAAUCAGCCGCUAUCAGGGUGUUAAUCUUUACAUCAAGAAUCUGGAUGACACCAUAGAUGAUGAAAAAUUGCGUAAGGAGUUUUCACCAUUCGGGUCCAUUACAAGUGCCAAGGUGAUGCUGGAGGAGGGUCGCUCCAAGGGCUUUGGCUUUGUUUGCUUCUCUUCCCCUGAGGAGGCCACCAAAGCAGUAACUGAGAUGAACGGACGCAUCGUUGGCUCCAAACCGCUCUACGUGGCUCUUGCUCAGCGCAAAGAGGAGCGUAAAGCCCAUCUCACCAAUCAGUACAUGCAACGUAUCGCUGGCAUGAGGGCCAUGCCGGCCAACGCCAUCAUUAAUCAGUUCCAACCUACCAGUGGCUAUUUUAUGCCAACCGUGCCACAGGCUCAAAAUAGAACCACAUACUACGCACCAAAUCAGAUGGCCCAAAUGCGACCAAAUCCCCGGUGGCAACAAGGUGGUAGGGGUCAAGGUGGUUUCCAGGGGAUGCCCAACUCACUGCGGCAGCCAGGUCCACGUACCAACCUAAGACACAUGUCUCCAAACAGCAACACGCAGGGCCCAAGAGGUUCUGGCCAGACCAUUGGUCCACGUCCUUCAAUGGGAGUACCAGGCCCGCGGGCCAUGCCGCCUUACAAAUAUGCCACUGGCGUGCGCAACCCUAAUCCCCAGGUUGUGCAACCUAUUGCCUUACAGCAGACUCAGCCAGCUGUGCAUGUUCAGGGUCAGGAGCCGUUGACAGCUUCCAUGCUGGCUUCUGCACCACCUCAGGAGCAGAAGCAGAUGCUGGGAGAACGUCUAUUCCCGCUUAUUCAGGCCAUGCAUGCCAACCUAGCGGGAAAGAUCACAGGCAUGCUGCUUGAAAUCGACAACUCGGAACUGCUACAUAUGCUGGAAUCUCAUGAAUCAUUGCGUUCAAAGGUGGAAGAAGCUGUUGCAGUACUUCAGGCCCACCAGGCAAAGAAAGAUGCCACGCAGAAAGUAGGCAGCAUGACCAAUACCGGUGCUGCUACCACAUCCUGAAUGGAGCCUGAUUGCUUGGACGGAGAAACACUACAUUGAAACCAGACAAGUUUAGAACAAUUCUGAUGAAGAGCUACAAAUAAGGGGAAAAUUAAAUGUAAUUUUAAAACAUCCUUGAGUAAUUCAGAAGAAAGUGACAGAUAAUUCAUUUUAAAAAUCAAAUCAUCUGCACACUAAACAUUAUGAAUUCAUGAAGGUUUCAUAAAACAAUUUCCAAAUGACCCUUGUAAUUUUCUUUUGCUGGAAAGUGUUCUAUUGGAUUUGCAUCCUAUCUUGUUAUAACGGUUUUGUGGUAUUCAAAAUAAAGGGAUAAUGUAUCGUGUUAACAA